GAUCCAGCAUUCGGUCAACGAACACAGCACACUGUUUUCGGUUCCAAUCUACGGGACAGAGUGUCACAAACGCGUGAUAUCAUUAUUUACGAGAGACAACGCGGGGCGCGAACUCAAGUCGAUCAGGUCUCGUCGAAUUAUGUAAGGGAAGAGCGCGUCGUUUUCAAGGAGACGAAACGUCGACGUGCGCGAAAAUAUUCAGCAAUUGCUCAAUACCGCGAGCGCGGGACAUUGAAAUCGAAUUAAGCUGCUGCUGCGGCAGGCGCAACCAACCAUACCCUACCCCUUCGGAGAGGUUUUCUACCCAAUAGAGGGAGGCUCUCGGCGGUGUCGAUUGUUUUCCAUAGGAUAAACUAGUUUCGUUCCCUAACGGCUCGUUCAGUGAUAGCCAGUAGACCCGAUCGAACGCGUGCUAGCUUAUAGUGUGCUUAGCCUAGUGCUUUACUUUUUGUUCAGUAGUUCUGGAUAUCUCUUAGAAAAGUGAAAGUGUUAUCUCGGCUCGGAAAAUGAAGGUGCUAAACGUCGUUCCUGCAGCGUAUCUGUUCUUGGUGGCGCUUUUGUCCACGACGACCUACAGUGGCACUUCGGUUCAAGCUCAGGAGCCACUAUUCGAGCUGCCGGUACAACUGAUCGGUUUCCCCGUUAUUAUCCUGUCCGUGCGGCUGGCCAACUUUGCCAAGAAACUUGCGUACUCGGUCAAUCCAAAAACCUACCAAUCGCGCAGCCGGCGGGAAACGUUGGCCGGUGCUGGCGAACUGACGGAUGAGGAAAUCUCCCGAAUGGCCGUUGACGUUGCCCAGGCGGAACGCAAAAUCCUGCAGGAGUUUGGCCCGAAGGCGUGCAUCGAAGAAGAACCAUGCCGACUGCAUGCGGUUCGAUCGACUCGCACUACUAGCGCCCCUGGAGACUACCAACCGGACUGGAACGAUAUCUUGAAGAACUACAAGGUGCGAGCCUCCGGCAUGAAGCAGUGGUACCUGCUGUCGGUGUUCAUCGGAGACUACAUCCGGGAUGUGCAGUUCUGCAAGCAGCUGUCCAAGCGGUUGGCGUGCGAUCGGAACCAGAAGGAAUUCGUGCGGGAUUGAGGCGCGGAAAAGCAGUUAGAUUAGGUGUUAAGUAGUGCGAAUGGAUUAAAUUAUUUUCUGUAAAUAGACUUUCAUCUAUUUUGUAUGAGAAAUUGCCAAAAGAAAGUUGAAGCCUUUUCAAAUCUCUAAA